AUGGUCAAGGACGAGGUGUCCCCCUCGGAGGCGGCAAUCCUUGCGCUAUUGGCAGGGAAAAGCAGUGGAUUGAGCAAUCAGGAGUUGAUGGAUCAAACUACCGAUAUGGAUGCGAAAACGCGUGGCGAAGCCGUGAAUUCUUUGCUGUCAGCGGGCAAAAUUGAGAUGUUACAGGGGAAAACAACGGGCGCUUUUACCCUACGCUUACGCAAAGGUACCCAACUUCAGGGUGCUUCGAAUGAGGAACAACUGAUCUAUUCAUUGAUUGAAGAAUCCGGGAAGAAAGGAAUAUGGAUACGGGAUAUUCGUGAUCGGACGGGCUUAUCACAAACAAGGAUGCGAAAAGUUUUGAAUACACUGGAACAGCGAAAACUGGUAAAAUCAAUCAAGGUAUCUUUUAAGUUACGCAAUAAAAACUGGUUUUUUUCAUUUUUAGCCUACACAUUUGAAAUGCCGUUAUAUUCAUAAUC